CCGUCAGCCGUGUGGUGGUGUGGCUUUCGUUAGCACGGCAGCCUGGUGUCCGCACCUGACUGACGAGGCACGGCUAAAAAGCUCUCCUCAUCUUGGACGACGCCGCAGCCAUGGCCUGGUUUGCUUACGUGCGAAGAAUCCACUGGUGAGUUUGACUGGUCUGGUUGCCGGCCGGUCUUGAUCUCGCCGUCCGGCCGACCGCCCCGGCGGUUACAAAACCGGCACGGCGCCAGUGGGAAAGGGCUUCCCUACACCUACACGGCCGCGCCCACGCACGGCACGCCUCCCUGUAGCCGUUCCCCCGCUCCAGAAGCGAGGUGAGGUGGGGUUAUGGGCCGUGCCGGUCGCGCCCACUUCCCCCUUCCCCUCCCCCUCCACUCCUCAACCGCCGCCGCCGCCGCCGCCGCCUUAUUACCCGGCCGCCCCCGCCCCGACUCCUCCUGACUUACCUCUAGCUGGCUACCACCAAUCGUCCAGCCUGACCAUCGAGCUCCCUAACAGCCACAGCACGCCUCCCUCUCCAGUCGAGUCUCGGGCGUCCCUCUCCCUCCAAAGACCGCGGCUCCAAUGGCGGCUUCUCGGUCGCGCCUGCACGGCUCGCCGGCCUCGAUCGCCGUCCUCAUCCUCUCCUUCCUCCAAGGGUCGGUGCGCGGCAUCACGUUCACCUUCACCAACCGGUGCCCCGACACGGUGUGGCCGGGCCUGCUGUCGGGCUCGGGGACGCCGCCGCUGGAGACGACGGGCUUCGCGCUGGAGCCGGGGCAGUCGCGCUCCCUGUACGCGCCGCAGGGGUGGUCGGGCCGCUUCUGGGGCCGCUCCGGCUGCAACUUCGACGCCUCCGGCAAGGGCUCCUGCGCCACGGGCGACUGCGGCUCCGGCGAGGUCGAGUGCCGCGGCGCGGGGGCGUCACCGCCCGCCACGCUCGCCGAGUUCACACUCGACGGCGCCAGCGGCAAGGACUUCUACGACGUCAGCCUUGUCGACGGAUACAACCUGCCCAUGCUCGUCCAGGCCGCCGCGCCGGAGUGCCCCGACACGGGCUGCCUCGUCGAUCUCAACGAGCGGUGCCCCGACGAGCUCCGCGCCGACGACGGCCGCGCGUGCCGCAGCGCCUGCGAGGCGUUCGGGAGCCCCGAGUACUGCUGCAACGGCGCCUACGGCAACCCCAACACCUGCCACCCCUCCCAGUACUCGCAGCUCUUCAAGUCGGCGUGCCCCAAGUCCUACAGCUACGCCUACGACGACGCCACCUCCACCUUCACCUGCAACCACACCGACUACACCAUCACCUUCUGCCCCAAAUCCACCCCGUCCAGCGAUAAAUCCAAACACUCAUCGCGGAGGCCAAGCCAUGAGCAGCUCGAAGAUUCGGUGUGGCUUGCUUCCUUGAGAAAAAGCGACGCUGGUGCUCUGAAAGUAGAGUUAUGGUCGGCGUCCAUUAUACUCCAGUCUGCCCUGGCAAUCGCUGUGGUGAUCGCACUUGUUGCACUGGAGCAACCUCUGUUCAGCUUGCUAUGAUUCGGCAAGGUUGCAGUUCUUGAUCCAUAGGAGUGAUCCACGAAAGAGGAUUAGAGCAGUAGUGAUCAGCAAUGGGAAGAGAAUAUUGUGUAGGCUUUUUGCUUGUGGAUAGGUGCUAGAGAAGGAAUCAUGAAUUACAAGUUGGCAAUUGCAGUUCCGUAAAUGCAUUGCAUUGGUUCAUUGCCUUUCAGAAACAUUGCUCCUUGCAUUAUAUCCUUCUUUGUGCAUCAACUGUUUUUUCUUUGGGGCAUGAUCGAGAUGCAGCAUGUUGAUCCGGCUGCGAAUGAUCCGGCUGCACUUUGGAAUGAGAAGAAUAUGAGAUCUGAUACUCUGUUGUCAUCA